UCAAAGAUUAAAUAUGGUCUCUGAUUAUCCCCCUUGUUAGAAUUUAAGAUUAAUACAUGCCUAGAUAAUUUAUGAAAUGUUAUGUAUUACCUCUGUAGGAUUUAGUAAACCUAGAGAAGAACCUAGGGAUACUGAAAAGAAAAGAACCAGCUCUCAAAUUCUUAAACCUGCUGAAGAAAAGCAGAGCUUGCCCAUGGCUGAGAACAUGGACGUAGAAGUUGCAAGCUCAGUUGUUGUCCUUGAAAGCAAGGAAGAAAAUGAAUUUAUUAUAGAAGAGAAACUGGACACAGAAGAUGCCAGUUUAUUAACAUCAGAAAUCAAAAACAUCUCAAAGAUGAACAAGAACAAGGAUGAGAAACUGGCUGUAGAAGCUGCACGCUCAGACACAGAAGAAGCCAGUUUACAACCAUCAGAAGGGGAAAUCAUCUCAAAUAACUCUGAGGAGCUGCAUGCAAAACAAGAUGUAUGUACAGUCCAUGUUCAGGAGUUGGCUCCUGAAAUAGAACAUGAUGCACUCAUUGCACAUGAACUAACCCCAGAAAACAACAGGAAUGCAUCUAUUAAUAAGAAUGAUUAUGAGUUACCUCAAGUUGGCUCAACCACUGAGGAGGAAUUUUUCAUGGCUGAUGAGUUUUCUCCACAAGAGAAACUGAAGCCAGAAGACACCAAAAAAGAAGAAGAGGAGGAAUUUUUCAUGGCUGAUGAGUUUUCUCCACAAGAGAAACUGAAGCCAGAAGACACUUACAAAGAAAAAGAAGAAGAAAACAAUGAAGAAGACACCAAAGAAGAUGAACAGGGGACACCAACAAAUACCAUCAGAAUACUUGGUGUUACUGCUUCCCUGGUUUUUGGUCUGUAUCUCUUAUUUGCUGUGGUGAUUGGUUGUAAAAACUAGGAUCAACCCACACAUCUGAUGCAACAUGAUUGUUUCACUCUACAAAUUUGGGCAUUUUCACUUGUCCCCCUUGGGGUGAUUAUCAAAGCCCUUUUA